AUAAUGCAAAUAUAUCUUAAAAUCGAACAACGCAAGGGUUUCGUUUGACAAAAAUUCUAUUCGCCAUGAAGUUGAUAUUCGCGUUUCUGGCUCUCGUUUCUACUUCUUUGGCCCACAUUUUCCCUCUUGAUGGAGUUAGGGGAAGUCUUAUUUCGCACUUGGACUUGAGGGACGCAUUAGAAAAAGUAGUCAAAAAACGAAUUUUGUCUGGAUUGAAGAAUGAACGCCAUGAUUUCAAAAUGCUUGAUGGCGACGAUAUAGAUGUUGCCUAUUUGAAUGAUUUUAUGGAUGAUCUUGUGGCCAAUAUUGUCAUCACCAUUGAGACAACCGGCUUAGAUAAUAUAACAUUACCGGAUCAAGAUGAUAUAUCGAUUGGUGUUGGCAAGCUUAAUUUAUUAGAAGGUUCCAUGAGCGGUUUAAACACCAUGACAAGGUACGAAGAUGCAACGCUUACGUACAACAGAGAUACUAACAAAGUUGCUUUUGAGAUGAUUCUACGUUUCCAAGAAAUUGCUUUUAUUUACAAGUAUCACUCCAAGGUUCUCUUUAUUAGUUCUACUGGACAUGUUCACGGAACGGUAUCAAAGGCAAAAAUUCAUGUCAAACUUGGAUUCGAUAUGGCUAACUACGCUGCAUUCGUGGACACUAUUGAUUUGAGCAAAACAGGAACGAUCAGCGUUAAAUUGUCCGGUAACAGCGGUAUCGACUGGUUGACUAAUGCUUUUAGCACAAUAACCACAACAAUUCUGCAUCCACUGAUACUUAGUAUGGUUACGAACGCUGUCAAAGGUCCGAUAAAUUCAUUGGUGGGCAGUAUCAAUGAUGUUAUUCAAUCAGCGCUAAAUCCACAAACAUAACCUGGCAUUGCCAGAUCGUCAUGGUUCCAAACCUACAGAAAACUACUAAUUCUAUAUCAGUAAUAAAAUAAAGUAUGUGCGCAGCAAA